AUGUCUGAAUCACGGGACAAAUCCGCCCCUCUCCGCGUGGGCGUGGUGCUAUUCCCCGGCUUUCAAGCCCUGGAUGUAUUCGGCCCAGUGGACUGCAUCAAUGUCCUCUCAUGGAGCCACAACGUGACCUUGGCACUUAUAUCCUCAACCCUAGAGCCAGUGUCAACAAAGCCACCGGCAUUAGCCAUAGCCAUAGGUCAAAGCGUGGUCCCAACCCACACCUUUAAGACGGUGCCUUGUUUGGAUCUGCUUCUCGUCCCUGGUGGCCUUGGAACGCGCGGCUCAAGCCCAGCAAUCGAAGAAGCGAUCUCGUACAUCCAAAAUGUAUAUCCUGAACUGAAAUAUCUCGUCACGGUGUGUACUGGGUCGGGGCUUGCGGCGCGAGCUGGCGUUCUAAAUGGGAAGCGUGCCACAACGAAUAAGAUGGCCUGGGCUGAGACUACGAGGUUGGCGGCGAAUGUUAAUUGGGUUCCUCGUGCAAGAUGGGUCGUUGAUGGUAAUGUUUGGUCUUCUUCCGGGGUUAGCGCUGGGAUUGAUGUCACUCUUGCUUGGAUUGAAGAGAUCUAUGGGAGCGAGGUGGCAAGGAAGAUCUCGAAUAGCACGGAGUAUACUCGACAUGAGGAUCCUAGUCACGAUCCGUUUGCUGAACUGCAUGGCCUCUGA